CCUUAAAGCAGUCCAUCGAGAACUCCAAUAUUAAAAACCGAUUAGCUGAAACUCAAAAAGCCAAUGAAGCACUUAAACGAAUGUUAUCGCACAUGCCAACAGUGGAAGUCAAACAUAAACUUGUUGUACAACAGCGUAUUAAUCGACAAAUGGCCAAAAAGCUAAAAACUCUGGCGGCGGAAAGAUCCCUUGAUGAGGUUGAACUAAAUGUUCGGCAAUGUACUAUUAAAAAAUAUGCAGAGCAACUUCAUGGGAUGAGGGAAUUGGCUCUCACAUAUGCCACAAACACAGAUGGUGUUGAAAUGGGAAAUAAUAUAUUAAUGGAACAUGAUGAAGAAAUACAGAUUAUGACCAUCGAGAAGCAGAAGUUCAUAGAAUGUGCUCCAUACUCUGAAGCUGAUACUAACACUUCAUUAAUAUGUGAAAGAACUUAAAAGGACUAAAAACUAUUUAUAAGUGAUAUUGUUAAAAUUUGUAAUUUAUAUUUUAAUAAAAGUAAGUUAGAGUUAACAUUUUAUUACAGAAGUAA